UUAAAUGUUGACAAUUUUGUUUGUUAAAAUUCGCACCUCGUUUUUUUCGACAUAAUGUUUGUUUGUUUGUUUUGAAUAGAUUCGACAUUUAUCGAUUCGAAUUUCACCAUUGUUGAUCACAGUUGUGAAACUAAAAUGGAACUAACAAAAAUUUGUGGUGUUUGCGGUGAUAAAGCAUUAGGAUAUAAUUUCAAUGCAUUAACAUGUGAAUCAUGUAAAGCAUUUUUUCGUCGUAAUGCUUUACGUAACAAGAAAUUUCAUUGUAUAUCAAAUACAAAUAAAUGUCAAUUAGAUCCAAAAACAAGAAAAUAUUGUCGAAAAUGUCGAUUAGAUAAAUGUUUUUCGAUCGGUAUGUUAAAAGAAUGGAUUUUAACGGAUGAAGAAAAACAAAUGAAACGUCGUAAACAUCGUCAUAUUGAAUUGAAUGAUGCUGAUAGUUCAACAACACAAAAUCAACAACAACAACAAUCAACAAGUAAUGAUCAUUCGAAUAGUAGUACAAUUAUUGAUGAUAAUAAUGCUAAACGAAUCAAAAUAAAUCAUGGACAAAAUAAUAUCAUUAUAUUACCUAUAAUAACAUCAUCGGAUAAAUCGAUUAUUAAUAAAGAAAAAUAUGAACAAUUACAAACAUUAACAACAACAACAACAAAUGAUUUGAUACAAUCGAUUGAUAGAAAACGUUUAAUAGAAUAUAUUAAUGAACGAUUAGAUUUAUCAUCAUCAUCACCUUUGACAUGUGAUGAUGGCCACAAAGAUCAAUCAAAAGAUCAUCAUAAUGAUAAUAAUAAUAUAAUAUUUUUGAAUGAAAAUGAUUCAUUGAAAAAUGAUGGAGGGCCAGAUUUAUUUUCAUAUGAAUCAUCUUCAUCAACAACGACAUUAUUUUCGAAAAAUAUUUUCAAUGAUCAACAGCAGCCACAACAACAAUCAUCAUCAUCAUCACCACAUUGUUCUUUGCAGCCGCCGUUGCCGCAAAAUGAUCCAAUAAAAUUCAAUGAUAUUCAAUGGUCACCACCAUCAGAAUAUUUAGCUAAAAAUAAUGAUACAAUAAUAACAAAUAAUAAUAAUUAUUAUCAAUCAACACCGAAAACAUCGACAACAACAUCAUUGGAUAAUAUUUCAAUGUUACCGGAAAAUGUAAUUGCAAAUCAAAAACAAUAUAAUAAAUGGCAAAUUUCAUCAAAAAUUUAUAAAGAUGUUUUACAAAAGGAAAAAGUUAUUGAUGAUAUUUAUGAUAAAGAUCCAAAACGAUUCGAUAAAAUGGAACAUGAUCGUUUGGAAGAAUUACAAAGAAUUUUUGUUACAUUAAAUGAAAUGGAUCAACGUUCAGUGAAUAGUGAACGUAAAAUUGUCAAUAAUAUGGUUGAAGGAUUUCAAUAUUUAGAAUUUGCAAUCAAACAAUUAAUUUUACAUAUUAAAAAUGUUCAAGCAUUCAAAAAUCUUUGUCUUGUUGAUCAGGAAAUUUUGUUGAAAAAUUCUGUAAGUAAAAUUCGUAGUCUACUCAAUAUAAUUCGUUGUUAUGAUCCGGAAAAAAAUUCCGUAAAUAUUCCCUAUAAUAAGGAUGGUACACUUCUUGUUUAUGAACAAGAUUAUCUUCGACAAUUACAUGGUGAACAACAUUAUGAAAGAUGUCAAAAUUUUUGUCAAUCAUUUCAUGCUGAUUGGAAAAAUGAUGAUAUGAUUGUUAAUCUGCUUAUCUUAAUUAUGGUAUUUUUUCCCAAUCGUGAAGGUUUGCUGCAUCGUGAAUACAUAACAUUGGAAUAUUAUACCUAUUGUCAUCUAUUACAACGUUAUCUAGAGGUUAAAUUUCAAUCCAUUUGUGAAGCUAAAUCAAUCUAUCUAAAUCUUUUAAGUCGUUUGGAAGAGAUAAGUCAUUUUAAUGAUGAAUUACUUGAAAUGAUAUUGAUGAAAUUUGAUCCACAAUAUAUUGGUCCAUUAACAUUGGAAUUAUUUAAUUUGGAAAAAAAAACUUAAACAUUCUUGAUUUGAAAAUUUGUUGAAUCUUCUAUUUUGUUUUUU